AAAAGGAAAAAGUAAACAGGGCUUUUUAUUUACACUGGUGGAGUUAGUGAGAUCACAACGAUCAGAUUAUUUAAUACUUAAGUAACAAAUUAACAACAUAAAAUCAGUCUAAACCUGGAGUCACAUCACUUAUUAUAGAUACAUGUGUAUGUCUUUGCUUGUUUGACUUUUAGCUCAAGAUCAUUUGUCACAAUGACAGAACAAACUAAAUCUAUAAAUUAUAUUAAAAGCACACAUUUGGCAAAAUCCACCAAAGACAAACUGGAUAAAUUCAACAGAGCAAAAGGUGCUGGAGUGAAAUGUGGAGGGCUUUGGGACCUGGUGGUUAUCACAGCAGUGGAUGAAGAUCAGAGAUGUUGGUACGAGUUUCAGCUCCAGGAGAAGAUCAGCAGGAGCGAGCUCCCCCUCUGUGUGUAUCGCGUGUUUGCAGAUCCUCCAGGACACAAGAUCGGUAAUGGCGGCUCAACGCUACACGUCCUGCAACUCCUGAGUGAUGAGUAUGGAAAAGCAUUAUCCAGAUUCAGAGUCCUCCUCAUCCACGCCGGAGGGUGGAGUCAGCGUUUACCCCACACCAGCGCUCUGGGGAAGAUCUUCAUGGCUCUUCCACUGGGAGAUCGUGUGUAUCAGAUGUUGGAUCUGAAGCUGCUCAUGUAUGUGGACUUUCCUGCUCACAUGAAUCCUGGUGUGUUAGUCACAUGUGCUGAUGACAUCGAGCUUUACAGCGCCAUCCAGAAUGUGGAGUUUAACAAACCUGGCUUUACCGCCCUUGCCCACCCCUCACCCCUGAUCAUCGGCCAAUCGCACGGUGUGUUUGUUCUCGAACCCGCAGAAGAACUGCCUGUUCGAGACGUUGAAUAUAGAACCUGCCUCCAGUUCCUGCACAAGCCCAGUGAGGAGGUAAUGCGCAAAAGUGGCGCAGUCUUCAGGAGAGGUGAAGAUGAGAUGGUCUAUACAGACAGCACGUAUUACAUCAGUCACGGCACGGUGGAGACGCUGAUGGACCUGUUUCGAGAAAUCGGACCUCUGAAGUGUGAGAUCGACGCCUACGGUGAUUUUCUGCAGAGUUUAGGAACCAGAUCUACAGCCGAGUACACCGACAACGCUGAGAAUGACACGAAGAACGAGAAAGAUCUGAUGGAGGUCAGAAAGAAGAUCUUCCAUCACCUCAGAGGCAAACAGCUGAAUGUUAUAAUCCUAAACAAGUCAAAAUUCUACCACCUAGGUACCAUGGACGAGUACCUGUUUCAUCUUACGUUAGAUCAGCAUCUGCGAGAGGAACUUGGCCUCCAGACCAUCACCUUUAGCUCCUGUCCUCUGCAAGCGUGUGAAAAUAAAGAUGUGUGUGUGAUACAGAGCAUCGUCCAACCCAGUGCACGAGUGUGUGAGGGCAGCAUGGUAGAGUUCUCUAGGCUGGAGGAGGACGUCAAACUGGGCCGGAGCUCCAUCAUAAGUAGCUGCUGGGUGGACAGGGGACUCUCCAUCCCCUCCAACACCUUUAUGCACUCGUUUGCUGUGUGUUUGGACGGCAGGACAAAAUUCGUUACCGUGUCAUUUGGAGCUCUGGAUGACCUGAAGAAGACGGUGCCCAGUGCCGCGGACUUGCACAGGCUGGAGGUGUUUGGUGUUUCUGUGGGAGAGUGUGUGCGCCGCUGGGGCCUGGUUGAGGCAGAAGUCCAACUCUCGGGAGACGCAGGUGUGUGUAGCCUUUGGACCUGCCGCAUGUUUCCACUGUGUGAGGACAUGAAGAGCUCGUUCUCCACCACGCUGGCGAUGGUCCAAGCAGCUCGUGGAGACGGAGUUGUGAGUUUACACACACACACACUGCUGUCUUUGCAGGACAUCCUCUGCCUCAAAGACCUGAGGACCAUGUUGAGGUUCAGAAAUGAUCUGCAUGAAGAAAUUCUGCAGGAAAAACGAGGUGUGUCUCAUCAGGAGUUUUAAAGAAUAUCCACAUCCAGCUACAGGGAACAAUCUGGAUUCUUCUAAAAUUUAGGAUGUAAUCUGUGUGUGUGUUUCAUAUUUUACUGUUCCAGCAUCAGGCGCUUACUCAUUGACAGGAUUUACUCAGAAGACAGUGUUAGAUAAUCUACUUCUACUGAAAAUCAUUUAUGAGUGAGCGCAGGUGAUGGAAGGUAGACGGAGUGCUGGUGACUUCUGGUUGUCAGAGAGUGCUGGAGGAAGUGGCUAUGGUAUGCAAGUGGACGAGAGAAUAGAGACCUGUGGGCGUCCCAUGAUCUUUUCACGUCCGGCAUGUGUCCUUUUAGGAUCCUGGUUCCCCUCGCUCUGACUCUCAGCUUGUCCAUUCUCCAAGUUUUAAUUCUCUGAUCAGGUCCAUAAACUUUCUGAUUUUUUCUGUAAUGUAAAAAAUAAUAAAUAAGGUCCUGUCCUGUUUUUUCUGUA